AUGGUUUCCGAUUCCCACGAAGCGCCCUCAGCGCCAUCCGAACCAGCCCCAUCCGCACCCUUAACUAACGCUGAGACCCCUGUCAACGUGCCCGGUCCAAUUGCGAUCGACAAUUUUAGCGACGAUACUAAUAGCGAAUUCGACGAUGACCUGUCCGAUCUCACCUCCCUGUCAGAGAGUGUGCUUGAAUUCGAGUAUGAAAAUGGUCGGCGAUAUUGCAGUUCCCGCUCAAGGCUCCAGGCUGAGCAGACUGACCAAGUUAGGAUGCCAAAUGACGAGGAGGAGCAGGAUCGAAUGGAUAUAACACACCAUAUGUCCGUAAAGCAAAAUAUCUCUGGAGGAGAGCUCUACAAUGCCCCUAUCUCAUCAUCACCACAGAACAUUCUUGACCUGGGAACCGGAACAGGCAUUUGGGCUCUGGACAUUGCCGAAAAAUUCCCUAGCGCCCACGUUAUCGGAAAUGACAUCAGUCCUAUCCAGCCCAGUUGGGUGGCCCCAAAUAUCGAGUUCAUCGUGGAGGACUUCGAAAAUGAGUGGCAGUAUAACCAAAAUCACUUUGACUUUAUCCAUGCACGAUGCCUAGCAGGAUGUGUGGCUGACUGGCCUGGGUUUAUCGGCCGGAUUUUCGACCACGUCAAACCCGGUGGCUACUUUGAAUCGCACGAGAGUGCCGUGUGGGCUCGGAGCGACGAUGGCUCCCUUAAAGAUGAUUCCGCAAUAAUGGAAUGGCAGCAGGCCCUCAACUUGGCUGGCAUUAAGAUCGGCCGGGAGCUGAACAUCUACCAUAAGCUAAAGGACUGGAUGAUUGAAGCCGGCUUUGAAGAUGUCAAAUUGUCAGUUUACACGCUACCAUUCUCACCCUGGCCGCGCGAUCCCUAUCUCAAGGCUCUAGGAAAGUACCAGGCAGUGCAGUUGCAACAAGCCAUCGAUUCAUAUUCGCUGCGCUUGUACACGCAGGUGCUAGGCUGGAGUUCGGAUGUGGCUAAAAUUCAUAAUGCUGUGGUCAAGCGGGAACUACGAGAAAAGAGUUUACAUGCCUACGUUCAAACAGUCGCCGUCCAUGGGAGAAAGCCUCUUCACUUCUAA